CCCAACUGGUUCUUCUUGUGUUUUGAACUUGAGCUCUUCCCCCUUAUUUUCAAUCUAUGAAACCCUCAUGUUUUGAUCUGUUAACUAGAACCUCGAAUUUGUUUUCGUCUAUGAUUAAUAUUUGGGUUUGUUGGUGGAAAAACCAAGCCUUUGAAGAAGCCCAAGGUUGAUCAGAAAGAAUACGCUGAGAUGAAAUGAUCAUUAGACAGUUCGUAAUACGGUAAGCCUUCGAAAAGUAGUAAGUUUUUGGAAGAAACGGCAGAAAGAUGUCUGGUUUGGGGUUAAUUAAAAAAGAAAUUGCUCUGAUUAACAUGUCCACUACUUUGCUGCGUGAUUUUGGAGGAACGAAAGCUUAGCAUUGUUUUGAAGAUAUGGAUGUAGUUGGGGCAAUCAUAUGGGACAUUACCAAGUGUUCUUGUGUUGGUGCCAAGAAAGAAGCUGAUUAUAUUCGAAGAUUGGGAGAGAAUUUGGAGUUACUGGAAGAGAAAUGGGAAGAUCUUCGAAGCAUGAAAGAGGAUUUGAAGACAAGAGUUGAUGACGCUGAGAACACAGGACAUAUGCAAAGAACACAUGAAGUCGAUAGAUGGCUGAAAAAAGCUGACAACAUUCAACAGGAAAUAACAGUCAUUCAAGUUGAAGGAGUCAAAGUAAUGCAAGAAAGAUGUCUAGGUAAAUAUUGCCCAAAGAAUUGUAAGUCAAGCCACAAGGUAGGCAAAAAAGCUGCUAAGAUGCUAGAGAAUGUAGAUCAGCUAGCAACAGAGGGCAAAAGGUUUAGCAAAAAUUUUAAAAUUGCUCACACAAUACCACCCGAGCCAAUUGAGAUGCCUCAAGACGAAGUAGUGGGAUUAGAUUUGAUGUUUAAUGAGGUAUGGAAGAGCAUUGAAGAAGAGAAUGUUGGCAUCAUUGGUUUACAUGGAAUGGGUGGGGUGGGGAAGACUACCUUGUUAAAGAGAAUUAACAAUGAACUUGGGAAGAGGAGGCAAGAAUUUGAUUUUGUGAUGUGGGUCGUGGUGUCAAAAGAGCCCAACUUGGAUAGUAUUAUGGAUAAUAUUAGAAAAUUGGUUAGGAUCGAGGAUAGCAGUUGGAAUGGCUGUAGUAAUCAAGAUGAAAAAGCAGCAAAGAUUUAUAGGGUCCUCAAGCAAAAGAAAUUUGCCUUAUUAGUGGAUGACAUGUGGGAUGAAAUGGACUUGAGCUUGGUGGGAGUGCCACGUCCAGGGAAAACUAAUUUUCAAUCCAAAGUGUUAUUUACAACUCGAUCAGAAAAUGUGUGCACAAAAAUGCAAGCUGAAAGAACAUUCAAGGUAGAAACUUUGACAGAGGAAGAAGCGACAAAGUUAUUCUAUAUGAAAGUUGGUGAUGACACUUUGAGGUCAAACCCUAGUAUUCCAAAGCUUGCAAAGAAGAUGGCUAAGGAAUGUAAAAGGUUACCACUUGCGUUGAUUGUGGUAGGAAGUGCCAUGGCUGGAGUGAAGAGUGUGGAGGCUUGGGAACAUUCAACAAAGAACUUAACAAGUUCUUCACUAACUGCACCGGAUUUGGAGAAGAAAGUAUUCUCCGUCCUUAAAUUUAGCUAUGAUCGAUUGGAUGAGGUGCAAAAGCGUUGCUUCUUGUAUUGUGCAUUGUACCCGGAAGAUUGUGAGAUUCGAGUUCUCCAUCUCAUCGACAGAUGGAUGUUGGAGAAAUUUCUUUAUAAAGAUAUGACAAAGAGUGUGCAAGAUAUGUAUGGUCAUGGUGAGUCUAUUAUUGAAAAGUUUAAGCUUUUGUGCUUGUUAGAAAGUGGCGAAGAUGAUCUUUAUAUGGACCGUACAAUUAAAAUGCAUGAUAUGAUCCGUGACAUGGCACUUUGGAUAGCACAUGAUCAAGAGAAUGUGGAAUUUAUGCAAAGGGUCUCAAUCAUGAAUUAUUGGGAAUCACAAAAAAUCCGGGAUCCUCCAAAUGCCACAACAGUAGUUUUAUUGAAAAGAAAUCAUGCCUCACAUCUAGAAGAUAUUAAAUAUAUGAAGAGAUUGAAAGUCUUGGACAUAAAAGUCAGGGGAACCUCAUUUAGCAACAUUGGGGGUCUAGUUUCUUUGGAAUAUCUUUCUGUAUUCACUGAUAUUCUAAAACCAGAGUUUUUGAAUAACUUGCGGUAUUUGACAAAUUUAAAGCUUCUUAGCUUGCAUGCAUACACAAGAUCUUUUCCAUUGGGAGUGCUGUCUAGCCUUCAACAAUUAAGAGUGGUUAGACUGUUCAGGAUAAAAUAUUCAGAAGAGAGAGGUAUUUUAGAAGAGCUGGAGUGCCUACCAAAUAUUGAGGAAUUACGCAUAGAAAUAUGGAGAAAAGAUGGUCUGAAGAAAUUAUUGGAGUCAACCAAAUUGCAAAGUUGCAUAUACAGCCUUUGGAGUGGCAUCUCCAACGAGAAUGAUGAGAUGCCUUUAUCAUUUGCAUCCUUGUCAAAAAUGAAGCAGCUACGGGAAUUUCAUCUCGAAUUGUUGAAGAUUAGAAGAGAGCAAUAUUCUUUUGUUUUUGACACAGGUUGUCUAACCAAGCUCCGAAGUGUGACAAUUGGUGCAUGUUCUGUAACUCAUGCGACAUGGCUCAAGUAUGCUCCGCUCCUUCAAGAACUUGAGAUUUCUGAUUGUGACUCAGUGGAAGAAGUGAUAAGAGAAGAAGAAGAUGAUGAAGACUACUCAAUAAAGAAUAAUGAGAAUGUGGAUUCUUCUUCUUCUAUAUUCUCCUCUCUUGUCACAUUGUAUUUGUAUGACUUACCAAGACUUCAGAGCAUUCACAAGGCACCCUUACCUUUUCCUUCCCUCAGAUCCAUUACGAUAGUCUGGUGUCGAAAGCUGAACAAGUUACCACUUGAUUCCAACUCUGCCAAACAUAAGUUGAUAGAUAUCAGUGGACCUCAAGAUUGGUGGGACAAGUUGGAAUGGGAUGACCCCGCAGCAAAGCACAAAUUCCAAUCAAAGUUCAAACCUUCCUUUUAAUUUGUGAGAGACGACUGAAGGUUCACUACAUUAUUUAUAGCAUAAAUAUACAUUUCAACUUUUUUUACUUUCAUGUGUAAUAAUUAUUGCUUACAAUAUCAAUUAUACCUGUACAUGUUGCAGAUUGGUUUUACCAUCGAGAGCAAUGAUCAUUGGUUUUCAUUAGCUUUCUUUCUCCGACUGACCUUACAUUAUAUAAGUAUGUGGCUGAGCUUUUAGACUCAAAAAUAAAACAAUCCAUGUAUUGUUUGUAUGAUUUAUUAGUAUUCCAU